CGGUCAGCGCGGGACGGCCGAGCUGGCUGAAGGGAUUGCCGGUUGUUGCGGCUCGGUCCUCGUGGAGCGGCCGGGCGCUGAGGGGCGGCCGCGACCCCUCGCCCGGGGAAGGCAGCAGCUUGGCGCCGAGGGGAGCCAGGGCUUCCCCCCCGGCCAGGGAGCGGCUACUCACCCUCCCGGUCGGGAACCCGGCGGGGGAGAGGAGGAUCAAGGGCAGCAGCCGUCGCUGGCACUUGCUCGGAGAGGCAGAUAAAUAGGUAGCAAGAGCAGCAGCAGCUACAGGAGAAGAGUGGCGGCAGGGAAAGAGGAUCCACUCUUCUAAAAUCCCGGAGGCAAAAAUACCUGUUAUUGACAGGGUCUUGGGGAGGGAGAGGAGAUUGAACGUUGUUGAAUUUUUGCAGUUUUGUUAAAAUAUUCAGGUACGGAGGGCAGAUCAUAGACAAAAAAGAUAGAGAGAUGGACCCUACUCUUUUGGAAGCUGGCUUGAUUUUUUUAUUUACUUUUCUUUUUUAGCCACUGUGAAAUGUGGAUUUUGUGAGGCAAAUCAGAUGGCGGGUGUUCCAUUGUUCCUUGUUUGAACAUAAAUCUUAGUUUUGCUGCUUGUGGAUUUUUUAUUUCUUUAAAGGACCUUUCCAGGUAGCUUUUACAUCUGACAAAAUGAAGCCUAUGUAUUUUUCAAUCAGUUAUACCUAAUAUUCACCUUCUGUUUGGUACAAGGGACUAAAGUGCUGCCUCACUCAGAGAACCGUUAAAGACUUUCUCUUUUGCUACAUGUAGCUGAAUGUGUUACAACACAUCCUUUCCCCCCUCAAAAUCCUCCUAAAGAUUUUUCCAAAAUGAAGAAAUUUAAUUUUCGGAAAGUUUUGGAUGGUUUAACUGCCUCAUCCCCUGGUGGAAGCAGUGGCAGUGGCAGUGGUGGUGGAAGUGGGGCUGGUGGUGGCUCCAUGCACCCAGGAGCAACUGCAGGAGCUGCGGGGACUCCCAGAGAUGAGAUCCAGGAGACGCUAACUUCAGAUUAUUUUCAAAUUUGUAAGACGGUUCGCCAUGGUUUUCCUUAUCUACCCACUGCCUUAGCUUUUGACCCAGUUCAGAAAAUUCUGGCAAUUGGGACAAGAACAGGAGCCAUACGAAUACUGGGCAGGCCUGGUGUUGAUUGCUACUGCCAACAGGAGAGUGGUGCUGCAGUCCUGCAGCUUCAGUUCUUAAUCAAUGAGGGUGCUUUGGUCAGUGCAAGCGCAGAUGACACACUUCAUUUGUGGAAUCUCAGACAGAAACGACCAGCUAUCCUUCAUUCUCUGAAAUUUAAUAGAGAACGGAUUACUUACUGCCAUCUACCUUUCCAGAGUAAAUGGCUUUAUGUUGGAACAGAGAGGGGAAAUACACACAUUGUAAAUAUUGAGUCCUUCAUUCUUUCUGGAUACGUUAUCAUGUGGAACAAGGCGAUAGAACUAUCCACAAAGACUCACCCUGGGCCAGUAGUACAUUUAAGUGACAGCCCAAGAGAUGAGGGAAAACUACUGAUAGGCUAUGAAAAUGGGACUGUAGUACUCUGGGACUUACGAUCUAAAAGAGCUGAUUUGAGAGCUUAUUAUGAUGAGGCUAUUCAUUCUGUUGCUUGGCACCAUGAAGGGAAACAGUUCAUGUGCAGUCACUCUGAUGGCAGCUUGACCCUUUGGAACCUGAAAAGUCCUAAUAGACCAUUCCAGACCACAAUUCCACAUGGAAAAAUUCAGAGAGAUGGAAAAAAACCUGAAUCUUGUAAACCCAUUCUAAAAGUAGAGUACAAGACCUGUAAAAACAGCGAACCGUUUGUGAUAUUUUCUGGUGGACUGUCAUAUGACAAGGCUUGUAGAAGACCAAGUCUAACCAUCAUGCAUGGGAAAGCAAUUACAGUUCUUGAAAUGGAUCACCCUAUAGUUGAUUUUUUAACUCUUUGUGAAACCCCAUAUCCAAAUGAAUUUCAAGAACCCUAUGCUGUAGUUGUGCUUUUGGAAAAAGAUCUCAUUGUUGUUGACCUGACGCAAAGCAAUUUUCCAAUCUUUGAAAAUCCAUAUCCCAUUGACAUUCAUGAGUCACCUGUUACCUGCACAGAGUAUUUUGCCGACUGUCCUCCAGAUUUGAUUCCUGUACUCUAUUCUGUAGGAGCAAAACAUAAAAAGCAAGGAUACAGCAAUAAGGAGUGGCCAGUCAGUGGUGGAGCAUGGAACCUCGGAGCACAGACAUAUCCUGAAAUUAUUAUUACAGGCCAUGCAGAUGGAUCAGUAAAGUUUUGGGAUGCUUCUGCCAUUACUCUACAGAUGUUGUACAAGUUAAAAACUUCAAAGGUGUUUGAAAAACAGAAAUUAGGAGAAGGAAAAACAACAGCUGAGAUCGUGGAAGAAGACCCUUUUGCUGUUCAGAUGAUGUACUGGUGUCCUGAAAGCCGAAUUUUCUGUGUGGCAGGAGUUUCUGCAUAUGUGGUUGUUUACAAGUUCAGCAAACAUGAAGUAAAUACUGAAAUUGCAUCAUUAGAGGUACGGCUUCAGUAUGAAGUAGAAGAUAUCAUUACUCCUGAACCGGAAAUAAUUCCUCCAUUUCCUGAUGCCUCCUCCCAGCUUCCUUCUUUAAAGAACCUUUCAGGCAGUACCAACACUGUAGCAUGUGAAGGAAUGAUGAAGGACAGUAUCCCAUGUCUUAGUGUUAAGACUCGACCUGUGCGAAUGCCUCCUGGAUACCAAGCAGAUCUUGUUAUUCAGUUGGUGUGGGUAGAUGGCGAGCCUCCACAACAGAUUACCAGUCUUGCUGUAAACUCUGCCUAUGGACUAGUGGCAUUUGGAAACUGCAAUGGUUUGGCUGUAGUGGACCUUAUGCAGAAGACAGUACUGCUGAGUAUGGGAACCCUUGACCUAUAUGGAUCGAGUGAUCCUUACCAGCGUCAACCCCGUUCUCCUCGCAAAAGCAAGCAGUUUGCUGCAGACAACUUUUGCAUGCGUGGCCUGUCUAACUUUUAUCCAGAUUUAACGAAACGGAUCCGUACUUCCUAUCAGAGCCUGACUGAACUCAGUGACAGUCCAGUUUCCCUGGAGCUAGAGCGUUGCAAGUCUCCCACUUCAGAUCAUGUCAAUGGUCACUGUACAAGCCCAACGUCCCAGAGCUGCAGUUCAGGAAAACGACUGUCUAGCGCGGAUGUCACCAAAGCAAAUCGCCGCGGGCCUGGGAGGCCCCCCUUUAGAAAAGCGCAGUCUGCUGCCUGCAUGGAGAUUUCUCUCCCAGUCACCACAGAAGGUUACAUUUCCAGACGGGCAAUGCUUCAGCAAUUACACGGAAUCAGUACAUUCUCACAAGACGAGCGUCACUGUACUGCUCACACAUGGAUGAACAAAGAAAACCGGGAAAACUCCUUCAGCCGUUCCCGAAGCUCCAGUGUAUCCAGUAUCGACAGGGACUCAAAGGAAGCAAUUACAGCUUUGUACUUCGUGGAGUCCUUCGCCCGGAAGAAUGACUCUGCUGUCUCCCCCUGUCUCUGGGUUGGAACAGGCCUUGGUAUGGUCUUAAUCCUCUCUCUUAAUCUGCCUGCUAGUGAUGAAUUACGGCAGACAGAGCCAGUCAUGGUCUCACCAAGUGGCACAGUUCUGACACUGAAAGGAGCCGUGCUGACCUUCACAUGCUUGGACUGCAUGGGGACUCUGACACAUCCACCGUAUGAAGUGUGGCGGGACCCAAACAGUGCUGAUGAUGGUGAAAAAACAAGAAAAAGGAAACUUGUUAUGCAUUCCCCUUCUUCCUCCCAGGAUAUGGGUGAUCAUCAAUUUGCAGUCAUUUGUUCAGAAAAACAAGCCAAAGUCUUCUCAUUGCCCUCCCAAACAUGUCUUUAUGUGCACAACAUCACUGAAACUUCCUUUUUAUUGCGAGCAGAUGUGGUCACCCUCUGUAACAGCGUCUGUCUGGCUUGCUUUUGUGCCAACGGGCACAUCAUGACACUGAGCUUGCCCAGCCUUCGCCCACUGCUGGACAUCAACUAUUUGCCUGUAACAGAUAUGAGGAUAGCACGGACCUUUUGUUUCACUAAUGAAGGGCAAGCUUUGUACCUCAGCUCUCCUACAGAGAUCCAGCGCCUGACAUACAGCCAGGAGAUGUGUGACAACCUACAGGACAUGCUUGGGGAUCUGUUUACUCCUGUGGAAACACCAGAAGCCCAAAACAGAGGCUUUCUCAAAGGACUUUUCGGAGGAAGUGGACAAGCUUUUGACAGAGAGGAGCUUUUUGGUGAGGCCACAGCUGGAAAAGCCUCUCGCAGUCUUGCCCAGCACAUCCCUGGAUCAGGGGGGAUCGAAGGUGUGAGAGGAGCUGCAGGAGGAGUUAUUGGGGACUUGACUCGUGCCCGUAUUGCCCUUGAUGAGAGAGGACAGAAACUGGGAGAACUGGAUGAAAGGACUGCGAGCAUGAUGGCCAGCGCAGAGGCAUUUUCCAAACAUGCACACGAGGUGAUGCUGAAAUAUAAGGACAAAAAAUGGUACCAGUUUUAGACUUUUAAGGAAACUACCUGUGGCUUUACUAAGAACACUGUUCAGGGACCUGACAUUCAUUCCUAAAUCUACAGUCACUGGCCAGAAACGACUAUUUUUCUCCUAGAAGAAGUUUUCCUGGAUUCAUCACAGUCGGAAUCAAGGAGAAAUUUUAGACCAUGAGAUGGAAGCCAGAAUGAUGUGGAUCCUACUCCAAAACUUGGCUUGUACAGCAGCCAAUUUUUUUUCCAAAUGGAACUCAACCAGCACUGUGGCAUGUAGUUUUUCAGAAGCUGUAGGUAUGAACAGAGUGGGGGGAGUGUGUCUGGUUAAAAAUAUUCUGUACAAACUAGAAUGUUUAUGCACUUAUAAAAUUUGCAUGACUAAUUGACAACUUAAAAAAAGAAAAAGAAAGCAUGUUGUGACCGAAGAAAAACAGGAUUUAUUUCUAUUCUGAGCAAAAAAAAAAACAGCAAAAA